AUGAUUACUUUAGAUGACCGAAGUACGAUGUAUGGAUUACCUGCCACAGGUUCCAGUCCCCAAAUUGAUGGGAACUCGUCAGAUGCACGUGAUACGACAAACAUGUCCAAACGUGAAGACGAAGAGCUAGUCACGGUUCCUGUCGCAAAGCUACAGCAACUGGUAGAAUUUGGGAUACAGGUACUGAAAGAAAGCAGAAGGAAGACGAACAUUCGUGAAAUUGACCUAGAGUAUAACACAGCUCCGGCUUCAGAAGGCUUUCCUGUGAUUCACUCUUAUCAAGCACGUUCGGAAAUUCCACGCCCACUGAAUCGCCCGAAGUACCUACAUGAAUUCUUAACUCGGGCUUGCGCGAAUCCCUGGCCAGUUCGCAAGGUUGAAGUGAACCGUAAUCAGGUGAUUCAUCUGGAUCAUCUUGGGCAGCCCUUUGAUAGAUUCAAUCGUGUACAUUUCGAGGCCAUUUGGGAAAAUCACUUCAGGAUCUUCUUUGGAUACGGACAAAGAUCUGUAACUGCUUCAGAGAUAGUGCGAAGAGGAUGGUUUUGGAAAAGAAUACUCAAUGAGUGCGACAAAGAAAUGAUACCCUGGUUGCUCGAAAUUGGGACUGAUAAUCCAGACGCUCGAGCAGCAAUUCUGGUAAAGAUUUUAAUUUGCAUCAUCAAGUCGUCAAUUGAAAGGAGAUAUUCUACUACUUCAACAAUUGGGGCCAUUCUCGAGCGUUGCUACACGAGCGGAGUAUUACGCCAACCCGAAGAUAUCCCAUCGAAUCCAGAUAACAUUAACUUCCAAAAAGAAAUGAGGCAGGACUAUGGCUUUCAUAUAAUUCUUGUUGCAAUAUCACUGAAUAUAUUCAAUGAUUGUUUGAUGGAAGAUAAUUCGGACCUGGGUCUCAACAGCCGCCAGAUACUAUGGUCCCCCAUGGAUUUGUUGAGAGAAGCUUGCGGGGGUGCCAACUUAGAACAAAUUCUUGCUUUUCAGGGACCGGAACUUGUUGUAUCAAUUCUAUCUGUAUCAAAAUCUUCGAAUGCUCCAGUGCUAUUGAAAAGCCCAACCACUAGCUCUGGACGUAUCGACGAUCUGAACAUUGGGUCUUUGCAGACUAUUGGGGAUCUCCGAAUAGUCUGGACAGAUAUUUUCGAGGAACAUCUCCUCCUGAACCAUGAAAAUAAAUGUUUGAAAAUUGCACGACUACGACCCUUCGUUUGGGGGAUGUUAAGUAUUUUUCAGAACGACUGGUUAGUCAUAUUAUCUUUCAUUGUUCGGCAUCAUACUAAUGACUUGAAAGCGUCCGUUGGUCUAGCCGAUAUCGAAAAGACAUGGGCCAUUCUCUUCUCAAUCACAACUCUAGGCGAGAACUCCAAGAACAAAUCACGGGUUAGGGAAAAGCUCAAGCAUGAGUACGAGACCAUUAUUGACGAAGAUCGAAAUCCAAUACAUACAGAUAUUCAAACCCUCAAAGAAUACCAUAUGCCAUGGAUAGAAGACGAUUCAGCGACCGGCAGAGUGCAAUCAUACUACGAGUCACGAUGGGAAAAUCUUCAAGGAAUCAUUAAAUCAAAACAAGACAAAAGUACCAUUGCCUACUCCAAUUUCGGCAUGUUCGGAGACCGUGUGAGAGAUCUGAGACAGUAUAUGGAUCAUCAAAAACCACAUGGUUUGCGACAAUUACUACGAGAUUCUAGGGAUGCGCUUAAUUAUUAUACGUUUAUGGGGGUUAUUAUCUUCGGAUUGUUGACUGUCUUUCUCGCUCUGGCAUCUUUUUUUGUGGGCGUCGCUCAGACGUAUGCUGCGUUUAAAGCGUUGGAUACGUCUUCUUAG